AAAACAGAAAACCAAAAAUAAAAGAAAAAAAGAAAAAUAGGAAAAUCAGUUCUCUCUCCAUGGCCCCUGGUUUUGGCUUUCUUCUUCCUCUCACCUCCCCAGAUAUAUACACAUACGUAUACCUCUACAUUCUCAUCGCACUCUUCUUAACCUUAUCUCAGAUCUGCGCACCGUUUCCGGAUUCCGGAGAACAAUCUAGACACCACCACUUCAGAGACGUGAAAUUCGAUGACGGCGGUGGAGGCGGCGUCGUCUGCAGGGGGGUUGUUGGAGCCGACCGGAGAGGCUGCCGCUGCUGCUUCGGUGAGGCGUGGCUUUGGUGUCGGUAAGGGCGGUAUACGGAAGAAGAGAUAUAGGAACACCAAAGCUGCUAAGAGGCCUUGUGAUGUGAAGAGGGAAGUUCCAACGAGUUUUCAGCUGCAGAGGCUGUUUCUGGCGUGCCGCCAAGUGUUCAAAGGCCCCGGGACCGUGCCUUCCCAAAGUGAUGUGGAGAAGCUUUGCCAGAUUCUAGAUGGUAUGAUGGCAGAAGAUGUUGGACUUAGUAGCAAUCUCCAAUUCUUUAAUCCUAAUGGUGUGGUUGAAGGUAAUCCGAGAGUCACGAACACAACGAUCUACAGGUGUGAUAACUUCUCGUUGUGCAUUUUCUUUCUUCCCACAACUGCUGUUAUACCUUUACACAAUCAUCCGGGAAUGACAGUUUUCAGCAAGCUUCUGCUGGGUAACAUGCACAUUAAAGCAUAUGACUGGGUUGAUGAGGUCUCCGCGCCGUUGGCAAUAGGUGAUUCAAAUAAAGACGGGCAAGCAAUGAGAUUGGCAAGAUUGAAAGCGAACCAAGUAUUCACAGCCCCAUGCAGCACUUCCGUCUUAUAUCCUACAUCUGGAGGCAACAUUCAUGAAUUUAAAGCUAUUACACCAUGUGCAGUGCUUGAUGUGAUUGGACCGCCUUAUUCCGAAGAUGAUGGGCGUGACUGUUCAUAUUACAGGGACGUCCCCUAUGAUGCUUUAUCAAGUGGAAAAGUUUCGGAAGCGGAAGAAGAUAGUAACUUGUUUGGAUGGUUGGAGGAGAUUGAAAUACCAGAGGAGUCAAAAAUGUAUGUUAUCCAGUACAAAGGUCCACAGGUUGUAGAGUAGUUCAUAGUUUUUGGUUCAUUGGGAAGUUGGUGCUCUUUUUAGCUUUACGUUGCAGAAAGUGGUGACAUGUAAUAUGUGUAUGUGGGGACUCGCUGAGUAGAAUUAGAAAGUUGCCCCCCCUUGUGGUUGUGUUAGUGUAUAGAGUAUUUUGAGAUGUAUAUAAACAGAUCAGAGUUUAAGAUGGGGUCUAGGUAACCACGACUUACGAUUCAUUUUUCAUACUAUGAAGUGGAAUAUUUUCUCCAAAGGGUAAUAAAUGUGUGAUGGGAUCAUCAUUCGACUAAUGACUAAUUUAGAACAGGACAUUGGAGGAAGGAUUGUGGAGAAAGACCAUUGAGAGGAGAGCCUUUGAGAAUCUCCUUCAUUUGGAUUUUGGAUGUUGUGGGCUGAGAUUUAAACGCCAAAACUAAUUUAGAUGUACUUUAGUUCUCUUUCUUUCACAUUUUCUGGUGUACCAAAAACAGUGUUGAUUUGGAAUUUAAUUAGCGGAAAUUUAAACUGUUCACCUUUCAAUUUGUCAAAA